UUUACUGCAAAAGUCGCUACGCUUCAUCGCAAUCAUGUCUCAACAGACCGUCAUUCGUCUCCCCGGUGAGCGGAACUCGCUCAAGAACUUCAAGGCUUUCAAGGAGUCUAUCCCUAAGCCCCAAAAAUAUGAGGUUUUGAUCAAGGUUCACUCCGUCUCCUUGAACUACCGCGACGUGGGUGUUGCGCUCUCCCUUUACCCUUUCCCCACCAAGGAUAACGUCGUUCCUUGCUCUGAUGCCGCUGGUGUUGUUGUUGAGGUCGGCGAGGGUGUCAAGAAUGUUGCCAAGGGCGAUCAUGUCAUCAGCACUUUCGACCCCACCAACCUUUAUGGCCAGCAGCUCAACUGGGAAAACGGUCACGGCGCACCUGUCGAUGGUGUCCUUCGCGAGUACUUCACUGUCCACUCUGCAGCUGUCGUUCAGCUCCCUAAAGAUUCUCCCCAAAGUUUCUCCGAGUGGUCCACCCUUGUUUGCACUGGUGUCACCGCGUGGAACGCUCUCUAUGCCAAUAUCCCCCUGAAGCCUGGCCAGAUUGUUCUUGCUCAGGGAACUGGUGGUGUCUCGAUCACCGGUCUGAUCCUGGCUAAGGCCGCUGGUGCUACCGUCAUCAUCACUUCUUCCAGCGAUGAAAAGCUCGACUUCGUGAAGAAGACCUAUGGCGCAGACUACACCAUUAACUAUAAGACCCACCCGGAGUGGUCCAAGGAGGUCAUGAAGAUCACCAACGGCCAAGGUGUCGACUAUAUCUUCGAGAACGGCGGUUCCGGAACUAUCGCCGAAAGUAUCAACUCCGUCAAGAUGGGAGGAAACGUGUCUGUCAUUGGAUUCCUUUCUCAGGCCAAGGAGAUGCCCGAUGUCGCUGGUAUGGCUCUCGCCAAGGGAGCUGUUGUCCGAGGCGUGACUGUCGGAUCCACUCAACUUCUGCAGGAAGUGGUUCGAUUUGUUGCCCGCAAAGGUCUUCGGUUGCCCGUCGAGAAGGAAUUUGCCUUCUCCGAGGAGAACACCGUUAAGGCCUUUGAGUACCUUACCUCCGGAGCUCACAUCGGCAAGGUCUGCAUCAAGAUUGUCAACUAAGAUAAGAAUACGCCUGUUUGGAUGUCGGCAAAUAGCCUUGGCAACAUGAACUUGGGUAUAAAUAACUUGAGUCACAAUGGACGCUUUUGAAAUAAAACGUGAAAUUACGUAUCGGU